AUGGAUGAAGAACUUUUAGAUAAUUUAUAAGCAGAAGAAGAAGAUGAUAAUGAAAUUUCAAAUUUUCCAUUAUUUUAAUAAAAACAAAUUGGUGAGUUCGUCAAAAAGAUACUUGGUGACAAUAUAAAUACAUAAAAAGCAUUUCGAGAUAAAUUUAAUAGAUGUUUAAGUCUUUUCGUCUUUUAUAUGAGUCAUAUGGUAACAGUGAUGAAAGAGGACAAUAGGAAGAAAAAACACGAAAAAAAAAAAGUACAAGUAACAAAAGAGGAUAUCAUAAUGACUUUAAAAUUAAUUGAUUUUUAAGAAAUAGCAGAGACUCUCGAAAAUCUUUAAUUAUUGCAGUUUUAAGAAAAACCGAUUUAAUAAGAGAACUAAUUAGAAUAAGAAUUAGAAGGAAAUGAAAUGCGCGAAAUAUAAAACGUUGAAAAUAUAGAGGAUGAAUUAAAGGAAGAAGAGAAUAAUGACAAUAAUGAGUAGGUUUAGGAUAAUCAGGAUUAACUCAUUGAAGAAAUCGAUGAUGAUGAUGUUGAGAAUGGAUAAAAUAAUGAAAAUGAAUAAUGA